CUCUAACACACACUUACACACACACACACACAAACGUCUUCAUCGCUCCGCUCUAGCGUGCUUGUCAGAUGGGUGUGGCUGCUCAUGGUAGGGAAGUGGACUGAUCCAGCCAUGAUCGAUUCGUGGCUAAAAUCUGAAUAGGGAAUUCACAAACUUCAUGGCCCUGUGGACAUUUUUUUAAGUACCAGUAUCUUUUUUUUAUAGCCACCUUUCAGAGGUCUUGAAGACAACUUUCUUGGAGCACAUCUAAACGGUUCAAGAGAAGGAUGGGGCUUCUGCAGCUACUGAAAUCCCAGUUUCUGUGCCACCUGAUCAUGUGCUACGUGUUCUUGGUGAGCGGCCUUAUUAUCAACCUGUUGCAGUUCUGUACUUUACCUCUGUGGCUGGUCAAUAAGCAGCUGGCCCGCAGGAUCAACAUCAGAUUUGCCUACUGCAUCGCUAGUCAGAUGGUAGCAAUCCUGGAGUGGUGGUCUGGGACAGAAUGCACACUCUACAGCAAUCCAGAGGACUAUCCACUUUAUGGAAAAGAGAAUGCCAUUGUGGUUCUCAACCACAAUUAUGAGAUAGACUUUCUGUGUGGCUGGACAUUCUGUGAAAGAUUUGGAGUACUUGGGAGCUCAAAAGUGUUGGCCAAGAAGGAGUUGGCUUAUGUGCCAGUGAUUGGCUGGAUGUGGUACUUCCUGGAGAUAGUUUUCUGCAAAAGGAAGUGGGAGGAGGACAGACGGAUGGUGGCUCAGGGUCUUCAGAAACUGAGGGAUUACCCAGAAAAUUACUGGUUUCUGCUUUACUGUGAGGGAACACGCUUCACACCAAAGAAGCAUCAGAUCAGCAUGCAAGUGGCUGAGAGCAAAGGUUUACCAAAACUUAAGUACCAUCUUCUGCCCAGAACCAAAGGAUUCUGGGUAACUGUCCAAAACCUCAGAGGAACUGCUGCAGCUGUUUAUGAUUCCACGCUGAACUUCAGGAACAACGAAUCACCAACCCUGCUUGGACUUCUUAAUGGGAAAAAAUAUCAUGCAGAUUUAUAUGUUAGGAGAAUUCCUCUAGAGUUGGUUCCAGAGGAUGAAGCUGAGUGCGCUGCUUGGCUUCACAAACUUUAUCAGGAAAAGGAUAGCUUUCAGGAGCAAUAUGCACAGACAGGGCGUUACCCUGGCCCUAUAGUGAGCCCUCCACGUCGACCAUGGUCCCUGAUCAACUGGUUGUUCUGGUCCUGUGUAGCCCUUUACCCUCUAGGGCUCCUUCUCCUCCAGCUAAUCAGCUCUGGAUCAAUGCUUGCCAUCAUCACCUCUGUGGUUGUCUGCUCUGCAGCUUCAGUGGCAGUUCGUUGGAUGAUUGGCCAGACUGAGAUUGGCAGAGGCUCGAAUUACGGGAAUAAGGACGAUCCUCCAAACAAAAACUAAAGAGUUUUGAAUUCCUCCAAGCUGUUGUGGGCGCAACUACUAAUCACAAACUACCGGUCCGACAGGAUUCACCUGGUGCAACAAGUGCAGGCGUGCUUCAAUGCGAAGCUCAGAUGAGGCAGAUUAAUCUUAUUUUCUAUGUUGCAGAAGCUGACCGUGAUGAGCAGCACAAUGCUUUAAAAAUAUGUUUUUUUCCUCUAAUCAGAAUGGAAAUAACUAAACACAGCCAAUGUAAUUUAACCACAAGAAAGACAGACUUGCUCUUUUAAUAUAUUGUAAAUAAUAAAAAUUUCACUUCAAAGGCAAAACAUAGUUUUUUUUAAUGUAUUUUUUGUUUGAAAAUUGCAAGCACAAAUAAAGAAGUGAGGGCGAGUCUGAAGAACAGCUUUUCUGUAGAUGCAACAAGUGUUUCCAAAGCCUCCCGAAAACUUCAGGUUGGCAUGUACUUCCCAACAAUGUCAGAAUUUAUUCUUAUACUGUGAGCACGAGAUCAUUUUGUGCAGCAGAAAACUGAAUAAAUGUUACAACAGUA